GGUUUAAUAUCAGAUUAAAUUACAGACAAAACUUUAACGUUAAGACACUUAGAAUGUUAGAUUGGAUAUUAAAAUGAGGGUUGCUCCUGAGUAUAUGCGGGAAAGUGUCUAAAAUGUCAGAAAGUGAAAAUAAGUGUUAGAAAAUUACCUGAAACAAGACAGAAAAGAAACAGACCACGUGUUUCUUGUUUUUCUUCUUCUUCUUUAAAUCACUUGACUUUAGUUUUGAACAAAUAUUUGUGUAUGUGGUUACAUUUUCUAUGUUCUACUUUUAUUGUAGGAUUAAAGAUUAAAGACAGUGAUAAAACUGCCAGACAGAGAAAUUAGCACAUUUUUUUCAGAUCCAGUAUUUAUACCUUAACUUGUCCAAAGACUUUCCCCUUGGUUAUCAGCAGCUGCCCUCUAGUGGUGUAUUCAUGUAACAGCACACAUGAACGAAAACCUGCUUACACAGUCACAUCAGGAGGAACCGCCUUACUUAUGGGACAAAAUGCAAGUCCCUUAUAAAUGCCAGGGUGAAGACUUGCUUUAAGGUUAGGUUGAGGUUAGAUUCAGGUUGAGGCCAGAGUUAGGAUUAGGAUGUUUAUUUUCAUGGGUAGGUGGUGGUCAAACCUCCAGGAAAUGAAUUGAUUAAUGCAGCAGUUGUGUCUGUCCCAAGCAAACUGAUGGGGGCAGAUGUUAGACUGGGACCAAGUUCCUCCUCCCCGCAUCAGUCAGCCUGGCCGUGCGUGGAGCUGCUGUCACUCAAUGCAUUUUCCUCCUUAUGGGACAUUAAGUUAAGUGCUCUGGUAUGCAGAGUGUGUCACGUGAUAAAACCAACAUCCACACGGAUCUGAAAUCAUCACAUUUUUGUGUUUUAGUUUUGUUUGGGUGUCGCGCGUUGAUUUGCCUGCUUCAAAUGAUGUGUUUUCUGGCAUAAAUUCAAGUAAAUAUUAAAUACACGUUCACGCAUAUUCACUUGUACAGUCUUUCUUGUCAAUAAAUUGUGAUUAUCGAUGAGUAGAGGUUUUUGUUUUUUGCCCCCCACCCCUCCUUCGUCCGAAUCCGAGGCAGCCUUCCGGGACGCAGCUGCAGCCGUAUCAGCCUGUGUCAGGGCUUUCCACUGUGCUGCUGCAUUUCGAUGUCGCCCAGGCUGCUGGUGAAAGCUGCUGCCAGCACCGACCACGGUCUCACUUCUCACCAUUAAUGUUCAAGAGGCAACAUGACAUGCACCAAGCAGUGGCUUCUGGUCGGGUUUGCGCUUCUGUGUAUUUUUGGCGCAGCUGAAUCUAAAAGGAACUUCAAAUGUCCUUCAGGAUGCUCCUGCUCCAAGGAGACAAUCAUCUGCGUCGGGACUUCACAGAUCCCACGGACCAUACCGAGUGAGAUCAGCUCACUGAGCUUGGUGAACGGAUCUAUUUCUGAAAUUACAGAAGGGAUGUUUGCACUCAUGCCCUCUCUUCAGCUGCUACUUCUCAACGCAAAUUCUCUGACCACGAUAAAAGACGAUGCCUUCUCUGGCCUUCCACAUCUGGAAUAUCUAUUCAUUGAAGGGAACAAGAUUGAAACAAUCACCAAAAAUGCCUUUCGUGGUCUGCGGGAUUUAACUCACCUAUCACUUGCCAAUAACAAGAUGAGGUCUCUGCCAAGAGAUCUGUUCUUUGACUUGGAUUCAUUGCUGGAACUGGAUCUGCGAGGAAACUCUUUCCAGUGCAACUGUGAGAACAAGUGGCUGAUGACAUGGCUGAAAAACACAAAUGCCACAGUGUCAGAUGUCUUCUGCGCGGGCCCCAGUGACAUGAAGGGCAAGCGGCUCAAUGACGUUCCUAUUGCGCCGGGCGGGUGCAUCUCCACAGACUUCGUGCGUCAUCAGUCCAUUCCCAUUCAGUCCAUGUCAGCGGACAUCUUCACCUUUAAAGAGGACAUCUAUGUGGCGAUGGCUGCUCCAAACUCCAACAGCUGUGUGGUCAUGGAGUGGGAUCACAUUGAAAUGAAUUUCAGGAAAUUUGACAAUAUAACAGGAAAGUCUGUUGUUGGAUGCAAGUCGGUUCUGAUUGACAACCAUGUCUUGAUAAUUGUGACCCAGCUCUUUGGUGGUUCCCAUAUUUACAAGUUUGACGACCAGCAAAACAAGUUCACCAAGUUUCAGACAAUCGAGGUCUUCAACAUCUCAAAGCCAAAUGACAUCGAGGUCUUUCAAAUUGACAGUGAUUGGUUCUUUGUGAUUGUAGACAGCUCCAAGGCAGGUUUGUCCACUCUGUACAAGUGGACUGAUCAGCCAGACCGCAAUGAGACUGGUUUCUACUCCUACCAGUUUCUCCAUGAGUGGUUUCGUGAUACAGAUGCAGAAUUUGUCGAGGUGGAAGGGAAGUCCUACCUCAUCAUAGCCAGUCGUUCUCAACCACCUGUCAUCUUCCUGUGGAACAAGAGCACCCUGAAGUUCAUACUUCAUGGCGAAAUCCCACUUGUUGACGACGUGGUGGCGGUCAAAGCUUUCCGGCUGGAGAAUGAGUUGUACCUGACCAUGACCUGCUAUAUCGGUGACUCCAAAGUCCUCAAGUGGGCCAAUAAGCAGUUCACUGAGGUGCAGGCUCUGCCUUCUCGAGGAGCGAUGAUCCUCCAGCCUUUCACCUUCACAGACAGGCGCUACCUUGCUCUGGGCAGCGAUUAUUCUUUCACACAAAUCUACCUCUGGGAUGUGGAGACCAAAAUGUUUCACAAGUUCAAGGACAUUUACGUGCAGUCGCCUCGAUCAUUUACAGUAGUGACCACUGACCGGAGGAACUUCAUCUUCUCCUCCAGUCUCAAAGGAAAAUCGAUGGUUUUUGAGCAUAUUAUUGUAGAUUUGAGCUUAUAAUGCCUAACAAAAUAAUUAAUCAAAGUAUUAUAUACAGUGUAUUAGUAUAUUGCGUGUAUGCUAUAAAGGAGUCACAAAUGCUGUAUAUCUUCCUUAUGCAACUAGAAAUAUCUUUGUUGUUUUUUUUUAGUCAGACUUCUUCUGCAACUCAUAUGCAUUUCUAGCAAUUAUGGAAUGAUAAAUGGCAGACCCCAAAUUGUUCAUUCAAAAUUGCUAAGAUGCUCAGCUCGGACAUGUGUGUGGAAAUUGUUUGGCUACGCCACAAUAUCAAAAGUUACCUUUAAAUGCUCCAAACUGGGUGAAGUGAUUUGCUUUUGACAACUGGAGAAACUUUGUGAGCAGCCAGUAGCAAUUUUGAAGCCACAUCAUCCCAGUACCUGUGCAUGAAACAGAGGUUUUCUUCAAACUUGAAACUAAACUAAAAAAUACAGCAGAAUGUAUUAUUUAAAUAUUAUGUUAUGAGCUUUAAGCCUAACUGUGCAACUUCUAUAACAAGCUACUGUAUGAAGAGAGUGCCUCAUUAGCAAAACAAACUAUAAUUUAUUCCUGUUUCCUAUGCAAAAUAUAUAAAGCUGAAUGUUGCUCUGAAUUACAAUCACAAGGUUAAUCGUGUGUUGUUAUAUGACUUGAAUUGAGAUUUAGAAGAUCUUUAGACUCAAACGUGUGCUCUUUUCUUUACUGAUCUUUGAUUUGAUUGUACAGAUUUAAUCACAGUCUAUUUGGCUUGGAAUAGAAAUCUGAACAGCUGAACGUUAGCACAAAAUGCUAACAAGAUCUAACAGAAGCAGUAUGUUGUUUUUUUGACAGAUUUCGUGAAAAUAAUACACACUGUUGUUGCCCUUUCAGGCCAGUCUAUUCUAAUGUCGUACAUGCAUCUUUUUCCAAAAAAAAAUAUUGAUGCAGAACUGAUCUUUUACACAACACUACAUUGACAACCUUCAGUCUUAUGUAAGAAUGAGUUUGUGCAAAUGAAUUAAAGAAAAUCUAACCGCGUGUUUUGUAUUCAACUACUUUCACUCUGUCCUCCGUUCUUGGCAGGUGCACAGAUUGUGUAAUGUGGCCAUAAAUCAAAUGCAAAGUGCCUCAGACAGCACGUUUGAAACUGAAAGUGCUGACAGCACGGGCAUCCCAGACUGCAUUUUCUUUCAGCUGCAACAGCAGACAUAAUUAUAUGGUUUGUUUUAAAGUACAAAAAUAGAGCAAUUUAGGUGUUUUAAUGACAUGUUUCUCAGAGAAGAUGUUCCUCUUCAAGAUCACAUGACCACUUUUAGGACAGAGUCAUCAUCAUCAUCUUUGUUUAUUAUUGUAAUUCAGUGUUUAGGUGAUAUGAUUGACGCCACAGUAAAAGCCUCUUGAAAUAAACUCUUGUCAAAAUCUGUGCAAAGCACUGCUGCUGGCGACAGUCUACAUAUAUCUUCUGUCCAUUAUGUACCACCAACAGCAGCAGUUAUUUAUUACACAAUCUGGAUGUGUGUGCUUCCACCACAUUUGUGGAAAAUAUCCUGUGCACAAACAGAAUUAUUGGAUUCUCUGUUAAAAAUUAACGUAAUAGCCAGAAGUUGCAGCCUGUUUCCUCUCAUGCAUGCU